AGUAGUUUGAGGAAAUAGGAAGUCAGUCCAGUUUACUGUCUAUGGUAACACUUAGCACAAAGACAAAAACAAAAACAAAACAAAAACAAUAGGUGUUUGUGAAUGAUGGCAGGAAUAAAAGCUCUUGUUGCGUUAUCCUUCAGUGGUGCACUUGGACUGACUUUUCUCCUUUUGGGAUGUGCACUGGAACAUUUUGGAGUGUACUGGCCAAUGUUUGUCCUGAUUUUCUACAUCCUGUCACCUAUCCCAAAUUUAAUAGCCAGGAGGCAUGCGGAUGACACUGAGUCAAGCAAUGCAUGCAGGGAGCUUGCAUACUUCUUAACCACUGGAUUUGUGGUGUCUGCAUAUGGGCUACCUGUUGUGCUUGCACGAACAUCUGUGAUCCAGUGGGGCGCCUGUGGCCUAGUAAUAGCAGGCAAUUGUGUAAUUUUUCUGACCAUUCUGGGUUUCUUCCUGAUAUUCGGAGGUGGAGAUGACUUCAGCUGGGAACAGUGGUAAAACCUAUCCAGAAGAAGAACAAAACUACAUUAUAAACUGCAAAACUUUAAAUCAUUUGGCAUGGCCGUGCUGAUUAACCCAGGCCUUGACAGACUGUGUCAGUUGCUUUCUUUGUUUUAAUCUCAGUUAUGGCUGCUCUGUCUUUCUGCUUUUGUCUUUUCAUUUGCAUUACACGUCGGCAUGUGCA